UUAAGCCAUUGAUGUCAGGUUCUAGUGAGACCAGAAAAGAAUCAAGACUGUUUGUCUAAACAGUGGGCAGUGUUUAUAAAGGCAGUAAACAGGCGUCAGCCUGAUUAUUGCAAGUGGUAAAAUGUGGGCUACCUCUAGUGGCUGGAGGACCACCAGCAUCCCCUUUACACUAAGGACUUAGAAGUAGGAAAAAUACUGAAACAUUUAUGAAAUGAAAUUAUUCUCCUGAACUUCAUCACCAACAACCAGGAUAUUUAACUAAGAGCAGUGUUAAACUGCUGAAAGAGUUGAAGAACAAGCCAUCCUGAAGAGCCUCCAGAACACGCAGACAUUGUUUGAUACAUUUAACAGACAAAUGAAGCCAAGUCCCGACAUGGAGAAACAUCAGCACUCUGUCAAGAGUUUUACUCAACAGAGUAAUCUCAAAAAACACCAGCGCAUUCACACAGGAGAAAAAACACAUCACUGCUCAGACUGUGGGAAGAGUUUUACUAAACAGAGUAAUCUCAAAAACCACCAGCGCAUUCACACAGGAGAGAAACCAUAUUGCUGCUCAGACUGUGGGAAGAGAUUUACUGCAAAGAGUAAUCUCAAAAUUCACCAGCGCAUUCACACAGGAGAAAAACCGUAUCACUGCUCAGACUGUGGAAAGAGUUUUAAUGAACAGAAUGCUGUCAAACUGCAUCAGCGCAUUCACACAGGAGAAAAACCGUAUCACUGCUCAGACUGUGGGAAGAGUUUUAAUCAUCAGAGUAAUCUCAAAAUACAUCAGCGCAUUCACACAGGAGAGAAACCGUAUUACUGCUCAGACUGUGGGAAGAGUUUUACUUUACAGAGUACUCUCAAUAAUCACCAGCGCAUUCACACAGGAGAGAAACCGUAUUACUGCUCAGACUGUGGGAAGAGUUUUACUGAACAGAGUGCUCUCCAAAAACACCAGCGCAUUCACACAGGAGAGAAACCGUAUUACUGCUCAGACUGUGGGAAGAGUUUUACUCAACAGGUUACAUUCCAAAUACACCAGCGCAUUCACACAGGAGAGAAACCGUAUUACUGCUCAGACUGUGGGAAGAGUUUUACUCAACAGAAUAGUCUCAAAAUACACCAGCGCAUUCACACAGGAGAGAAACCGUAUCACUGCUCAGUCUGUGGGAAGAGUUUUAAUCAACAGAGUCAUCUCAAAAAUCACCAGAGCAUUCACACAGGAGAGAAAACUGUACCAAAUUUGUCCCACGGCAAUUAAAAGUGCAAAUCGAAAGUCUUUCAGACAGAACACCUUAUCCUACACAAAUGUUUUACUUUGUCGCUUGGGACACGUUCCACCAGAAACAAACAUGAACUGAAUUUAACAAUGGAUUUUACAGGUUCAGCAAAAUGAAUCUCAUCCAGCGAUCAUGUUUAUUGAAUUCCAUGUUAUGUUUUCUAAUAUGUUUGAUAUUCCAGGACAUUCUUUGUGAGACAGAGCAGAGCUUUUAGGGUAGUUACGGUAGGAGUUCAGUUCUGAAGAAUGGAAAAAACUUAGUCUUUAAAAUUUAGAUGUCAUAGUGAGUAGGAUUCCUAGCUGGCAACUAAAUGUUUUAACCCCCUUUCUAGUAUAUGCAGAUUUGAUUAUUUCUAUUAAUUUCUAGUAUCUCUUUUUUCACUCUGUGGAAGCCGUCCUCAGUUCCCCAAGCUUAGCAUAGCUUAGCUUAAUACUAUUAACCACUAGGCCCAUCUGCAUGAAAGAAGAAGUGAAAACACCACCUGAGGAACUCCAGAGUGUGCUCCCAAAAGUGAGACCCAGAGCCACAGAGAGACGACACUGUGCCGGGUACUGCCAUCUGGACCAGAGGAGCAUCCAGACUCUGCAGAGAGGCCAACAAAAUCCUUUACAGAGGUUAAAUAAAACGCUCCAGCUGUAGUUCUCAAACUGAAAUCAACCCACUCCAGGCUUGUGUAGUGCAGUAAGGUUGUGGGCUCAUUCAUUCCCUUUGCUGGUGUUCUCAUUUGUCUAUGGUUCAGUCGUUCUGAUUAAAAAUCUGUUACCAUAGA